CAUUGAACUGUCAUUGAAAAUCGCGGCGGGUGAUCAGCCGGUCGUAGGCAACGUGCUUUCUUGCUUUUUAUUACAAAAAUAGUGUAAAAACAUUAUCAAAAUGAAAGGCGACAAGAACGUAGACGUGCAGGCCCUGAAGGACAUCGCCAACAAGCUCAGGAUCGACAGUAUCGUCGCCACUAAUGCUUCCAAGUCGGGACACCCCACAUCCUGCGCAUCGAUGGCGGAGGUGAUGUCGGUGCUGUUCUUCCACACCAUGCGCUACAAGGUGUCCGCCCCCCGGGACCCUUCGUCUGACAGAUUCAUACUGUCUAAGGGCCACGCGGCCCCCAUCCUCUACGCGGCCUGGGCGGAAGCCGGCCUGUUCCCCGUAGAGGAACUAACCCAUCUCCGGCGUGUGGACUCGGACCUGGAGGGGCACCCCACGCCGCGGCUCAGCUUCGUGGACGUGGGCACGGGCUCGCUGGGGCAGGGGCUCGCCGUCGCUGCCGGCAUGGCCUACGUGGGGAAGUACUUCGAUCAGGUGCCUUACAGGGUGUACUGCCUAAUCGGCGACGGCGAGGCGGCCGAAGGCUCCGUGUGGGAGUCCCUUCACUUCGCGUCGCACUACAAGCUAGACAACCUCGUCGUCAUCUUCGACGUCAACCGCCUCGGCCAAUCAGAGCCGACCAGCCUGCAGCACCAGCUGGACGUGUACGACGCUCGUCUGAAGGCGUUCGGUCUGCACUCGCUGGUGGUGGACGGGCACGACGUGGCCGAGCUGGCUAAAGCCUUCGACCAGGCGGCAGCCACCUCCGGCAAGCCCACGGCCAUCGUGGCCAAGACCUACAAGGGCAGGGGCUUCCCCGGCAUCGAAGACAAGGACAACUGGCACGGCAAGGCGCUCGGGGCUGAGGGAGACAAGAUCGUCAAGCACCUCCAAAGCCAGUUGGCCAACCCCUCCAUCGCCAUCAAGCCGCAGCCGCCCACAGUACAAGCGCCCAAGGUGCACAUCAGCGACAUAACUCUGUCCGCGCCGCCCGCCUACAAGCCGGGCGAGACGGUCGCCACCAGGCUCGCCUACGGAACUGCACUGAAGAAGAUCGCUGACACCAACAUGCGUGUGAUCGCGUUAGACGGAGACACCAAGAACUCCACAUUCAGUGACAAGCUGCGCAACGCCUACCCCGACAGAUACGUGGAGUGCUUCAUCGCGGAGCAGAACCUGGUGGGCGUGGCGGUGGGCGCGGCGUGCCGGGACCGCACCGUCGCCUUCGUUAGCACCUUCGCAGCCUUCUUCACUAGGACCUUCGACCAGAUCCGCAUGGCGGCCAUCUCCCAGUCCAACAUCAACCUGGUGGGCUCCCACUGCGGCGUGUCCAUCGGCGAGGACGGACCGUCCCAGAUGGGGCUCGAGGACUUGGCCUUGUUCAGGACUAUACCCACUGCUACUGUGUUCUACCCCUCCGACGCAGUCUCCACCGAACGUGCAGUGGAGCUGGCGGCCAACACGCGCGGCAUCUGCUACAUCCGCACGUCGCGCCCCAACACCGCCAUCUUGUACCCCAACGAUGAGGUCUUCAAGGUGGGCCAGGCCAAGCUGGUCCGCCAGUCGGCCAAGGACCAGGUCCUCCUGAUCGGAGCUGGAAUCACUCUGCACACGGCGCUGCAGGCUGCUGACACGCUGAAGGCUAGCGGCAUCAACGCCCGAGUCCUGGACCCGUUCACCAUCAAGCCUCUCGACACGACGGCGGUGCUGGCUCACGCGCGGGCGUGCGGCGGCCGCGUGGUGGUUGUGGAGGACCACUACCAGGCUGGUGGUCUUGGCGAAGCGGUCCUCUCCGCAACAGCCACGGCUCGCGACGUGGUGGUGUCCCACUUGUACGUGAGGGAGGUCCCACGCUCCGGCCCGCCCGAGGUGUUGCUCGACAAGUACGGGCUUUCCGCGCCGCACAUUGUCAAUGCUGUGCAGGCUGUGAUGAAGCUGUAGGUUGGAGUAGGGGUGCUGUGACGGUUUUGGGGGUUAGGGUAAUGUAGCUUUUGGUUUGAGGGUACAGUGGCUGCAUAGAAAUGUCCAAUUUUGGUGGUACAAUGCUACUGAGAGAAGGUCGGGUUUCUGUGCAGCAUACUGUACCUGGACCCAGAUAAUAAUAAAGUACCUAUCCUUAGAACUGUCACAGUAAAAAUGUAGGGGUUUAGGUGGAUUGCAAGCGUUUUCACAGCUCUGUGAGAGCGUGAAUGCGCUCGUGGAAGUUUAUAUAAUGGUAUCGCUUUAUUCUUCAACGUGAGGGACCAUAGAAUUGUGAAUUCGAACAAUCAUUCCAGCCAUGGAUGUUGCAUUCCUUCGUACAAUAUUGCCAUGUACGCUUAAUUCCUAAUUUGAACCUAGUUCCUAAGAAUAUUGAACACAAAUUCGCGUGAUAAGGAGAUGCAUUCGCUCAAUCCAUUGUAUUGUAUUUUUAUAACAUUUUUGUACCAGUGCCUUAUGAUGAUUAUGACAAAUCGCACAAUAAGUGAACUUUUUGAAGGUUUUUGUUAACAUUUAUAUGAAGUUUAAUGUUUAAGAGAAUUUUCUAUAUGCAUAAGAUCAGAUGAACGGUUUAUAAAACCAUUGUUGCAGUGACUGGGCUUCCCAUUGGUGAACUAGUGUUUGUUAUUUCAUUCCUGUUUUUUUUUGCUUUUUUAUAUAUUUAGUUACGAAGUACAGUUUUUCUGUAAUAAAGUUUAUUGAACAGUAAA